GCGCAACGGACCGCCAAUACAUCAUCGAGUUCCCAACCUCAUGGGACUAGCACUGGCUUGACCCAGCUGCAGUUCAGCCCUAUCGCGGAUCAUAACCUAGUCGAUGAAGAAUUCUUGCGGGAUAUGGCGGGAGAUACAGACAACUCGGGCUCGCUUUACGAGGAUACGAGAGAUGAGACACUGGACCAACACUCACCUGUUCCCAAUCGUACUCGAGCAAGCCGAGCAAUGACACAAGUUGAUUCCACAGAAGAACUUUAUGUCAAUGCACCUAUCCCUAAAGGAAUGAAAACAAUACGGCGUUCUGCGAACGAUCGCAACGAGGUGAACGAUGACAGCGACAGGAGAUCCGGCGUACACGGCACAUCCCAGUCUGAUAACAACGCCCAAACUUCUCCAAGACCCGAGACAUCCCUUCCUUUGACGGAUCCUAUCCCAGAGCUGGACCCCAACAUUCCAUCUCCACCCGGGGGCUGGGCUUAUGCCCUAGCUAGUACACCGCCUUUACGAACAGUGAUGCAUCGUUCUUCUUUGCCAGCCUUUAGAGAGAUGGCAACAAGGCCGAUUAGGGAGCCUACAAACAUGCUUGCGGAUGAAACGCGCAAAACGCGGAGCUUUGGUCAGACUACCGCCGGCCGUCGCCUUCCGUGGACUCCUGGAGAGUCUGCCCCGGGAAAGAGCCUCGAAAAGAGAACCGCUAGUGCACACGCAAGUCUACCAGAUUCCGGUCGCUCCAGUGCGCCAGCUCCUACAUACGUCGGUGUUGCUGACCGUCCCUCUCUGCCGAUCUCUACGGAGCCCGCAUCAGGGGCACAUAUCGCAACCAGAACGACACGCUCCCAUGAGAUAACCAUACAUCCAGACGUGGUUAUCACCGGCCAUCGAAGUGUUAAGAAUGAUACUCAGAACGGUACACGGGAAAUCUUACGUGAAAGAGAACUGAAAGUAAACCUUCAUGUCAUCAAACGGUCCGCCCUCCAAGCUGAGGUUCGGAGGCUUGCGUAUCAAGCCCAGUGUGCGGAAAUACAGAGGGAAAUAUGGAAGUCGCACGAAGAGGAGCAUGAAGCGGAGCUCCAGGCACUUCAGCACAGACAUUUGAAGAGGAGAAGGUGGGAAUAGAAGGAGUCAUUGGACGUCUGGCUGAA